ACGACUGACUUGAUAACUGUAAACCGUUGCCUUGUCACGGUCUAAAAGCGGCCCCAAAAUCUAAUUAUAACAGUAAACACAGCGCCCAGUGCCACGUACUAACCUAACAGUACGGGAGUUAGCUUGCUGUUGGGCUAUUUAUUAUGUGCCAGACCCCCCCAGGAAAUGAUGUUGUUGCUUUUACAUCAGCUGAUCGGCUUGUUUUUAUCCAGGGGUGAAAAGUCAUUGGAGGCGCAAUGUACUCUGGGAAUUGUAGUACAAUGUCCGAUGUGUUAUUGUCGCGCUCAGAGACAUAAACCACAGUGUUUGUGUUAUUGUAGCUGGAUUUUAAUAUUUUAUCACAACAGUUAUCUAUUUUGACGGUAGUUGCUUGUCUCUUUUGACAACAAACGAUCUUUGUAUUGUUGUUUCUACUAUAGUUUUGUAAGUCUUCCCAGAAUGCUCUGUAGCAACCAGCUGUCAGGGGGUUUGCUUCUUAUAAUGCCCGGAGCACACCGAAGUUUGCAGUCACGCUUUUGAUCAUCCUCGCUAAAGUGUAACUGGGACGCGCGGGUGUCAAUAGCAACUCCAUCCUCUGCUCGUCUAGCCUUUCUUCGCCUAAUGUCAAGUUAUUUGAAAUCCGUCAAUUAUUUUCUUUCGAACUUAAUAUUAAACCGCUGUCAUAUACGACGUUAAAGUUCGUUCUCGCAUUUUAAAACAAUUGCGGGGAACCUAUUCACUGUUGUACAGUUGACCUUGGAUGCUAAUUGUAGCUCAGUGCUAACCACCUAGCAUCUCUGCUAGCUUGAGUCAACUCGGUUAACUUUUAUUAUUCUGUGGAAGAUGGAGGAUCAAGCCUACACGGACAUUAGUGGCAAAACAAUAUCAUUGGAGUGUCAAAAUCAUUCUGGCUUUUGCAGGGAGUUCACUGUCAGCUCUCCUAAAGUGUCCAUUGGUAAGGUGAUGGUGUACACCUGCUCUGUUUGGCUAGCUGCAUAUACUGUGUUCUUCUUCACACAAAACACUGCCGUGCUGUCCAGCGCCAUCCUGGUCACCCUGGUGGGAAUGAUGCUCCACAUCCACUUUGUGAAGGUGGAUCACGAGUCGGUGCUCAUCAUCGGCUCUGUGGGCAUCCAGGUGUCCUCCAGCUACGCCUCGGGACGGGAGACGAGCGCUUUCAUCGAGAUGAGCCAAGUCAAGGACAUCGCCAUCAAUGAAGCUGUUUACAUGCAUCAAAUCAUCUACUACCUAUGUAUACUUCUGAAGGACCCUUCUGCUCCUGACGAAGUUUCACGUGUCGUUCCGUUGUUUCAGAGCUCCAAGCCAAGGCUCAACUGUUUGAUGAAAGUUUACAAAAGCUGUCAGGAGAUUCUCUCCUCGUGCUGACAAGAGUCAAAGCCAAGCCAGGUCGUGAUUUCAAACAUUAUUUGCUCAUUUUAUCAUGGAUUUAAAAAAAAAAAAAAAAAUUCCUUCUUUUCUGAAGUGCAUAAGUACUCACACACCAUUAGGUACACCUGCAAGGGCUGUAAUACAUUUCAGCGUUUGUAAAGAUAGCAGCCCUUAGUUUGGCUGUAAUGUACAAGACAACACAUGUUGUUACAUGAAUACUUAAGACUGAGCAUUACUUUUUUUUGUAAAGGCAUUAUUUUUUUAUGGUACCGGUGUACCUAAUAAAUUGUCUUAUGAGUGUGUGCACAAAAAUAUUGUGAAAGUAUAAUUGCACUGUUUAAUGGUUGCUUUAAAUCGGGGGUGUCCAAACUUUUUCCAUGAGGUACAUUUUUGCCUUUUUGCUCUAUUCUUUUCCCUGUUUUGCUAUUUAGUUUAAUUUAAUUGUUUUUCAAUAAUGUGCCGUGGGCCAGUAAAAAAAACAAGCUGCAGGCCGCAAAUGGCUCCCGGGCUGCACUUUGGACACCGCUGCUUUAAAUUGUAUGGAGAAGUUUGAAGUUUUAAAGUAUAACACACUAGCUUUCCAAAUUGAGUGCCAAAAUUGAUUUUUUUGCAUAUUAUUUAAAUAUAAGAACUAUAUUUUAUUGUACUUUCCACAUGCUUUGCCCACAUAAAAAUUUGAAAGAAAAUGUGGAG